AUGGAAUACGUAGGAGUUCUACCAGCGCCGGAAGAUGUCAUACCACCAGCAAACAUACCUCUCUUUGGAAUCCUGGCGGAAAAUACAGCAGAACCGGGACAGUUCUAUUUCUGUUUCGAAGAAAUUAAUGGAAACGAGCUACUGGCGAUGACAAUGCAUUGCUGCCAACAAAAAGCCCACUGUCGGUGUCUCCAGAUGUGGGCGACACAUUACAUUGGAACAGAUAUCGAAACCGUACGGUGCGGGUACUGCAGAGCACCAUUCCCGGACAAGGAACUCUGUUAUCUGUGUCUACAAAACAAAAUCACCGGACAAGAAUUGAAGAAAACCCGAUGCUGUCAAACAACAAUCCACAAGAAGUGUACGGAAAUCCUAAACGAAAUACUGGCAAGCCUGACAUUCGACUUCUCACUAGAAUGUGGCGAAUUAACCUUCUGCGGAUGCGUCUGGCACAAUCUCUAAAAACACUAUAAUUAUCAAAAUCUCUGUAAACUACUGUAAAACUUAAUAAAUUUUUCAAAUAUUCACUGCUGUACGCCAUUCUGAACAUUUCCUUGCUUCCAGGUUUCCAUGACGUCAUUGCUCCUGCAUACCCAUUACUUCCGGCAUACUCAUUACUUCCGGUGCUCUACUCGUUCCUGCAUACUAAUUACUUCCGCCGCUAUACUGCACUUCCGCCGCUAUACAGACGGUCUAAUACUACUAUUAAUACAUAACCCGUUGAAAUAUGGCUUCGGUAUUAAACAGAAGCCAUAUUUCAAUGUGAUAUGCAAAUUACAAAGGAAGUAGAAUAAAUCAUGUCUGUGAUUUCUGGCCAUGAAACUCAAAAGGUGAGGUUGGCUACACACGUAAAAAUCUCACAACUUUUCAACAAGACGUGUUCACAACAGACUUCUAGCAAGCUUAAUGUCAACAAGUUGCAACAUGCAGUGCUGUUAUUUUAUCAAGUCGCUACAAGGUUGUCAUUCACAACUAAUUGACAAGGACUAUAGCAGUUCAUACUUCCCAUGCGAAGCUAGCGGCCCAAUAAAAAAUUAAACUGAUAUGCCGCUAGCUUCUGGGACAUUGAGACAUCUAGUCAGUAUAGUUCAUGACUUCUUGUUGUUAACACAUGGUUAAACACGUGCAUUGCGUGGUGAAUACCCCAUUUUAUAUUCACCGGAUAUGACGUAUGCUGUAAAUGGUGACACUGAUUGUUACUACUUAAUGGUGACCCUGGCGGUUUACGAAAGGGCCAAUUGCACGUCCUGCACUUCCGCCCCUCUCUCCUCAAGAAUGUGCAAAGUGUUCAAAGUACCCUGUCCACCUAAUAUCCAGUAUAAAUUGAUACUACUAUACACAUACAGUCUAUAGUUAAUGUAUUUCACAAAUACUAAAAUCCAUCACUGCCCAAUAAUUUCAGUAUAAACAUAAGAUUAAAUGAAUUCUAAAUAAAGUUAGCAAUCAGUGUCUGAUGACUAUCUAUGUGUUGCACCGUAUAAUGUAGUUUAGUAUGAAGCUAUAGUGGACUAUAUAAUAUAAAUUUAGUAUAAAAAAGAGUGUAAAACAAAUCAUGAAAAGAAUAUUUGAAUUAGCUGGUAUUGUUAAUUUCGUUUUUUUAGGCUGGUAAUAUAACAAUGUUCACGCUGCCAAAAUUAACAUCAAAGGUAAAACAAGUGGAAAAUUCACAAUUGAAGGACGUCUUAAAGGGUUUGCCUGUUUUUGAUUUGAUAAACGAUCUGGAUAUCGGACAUGAUAUUGGCAGAGGCAGUUUUUCUACUGUAUCUGUGGCAUCAAAGAAAACACAAAAAGACAAAUUACAGGUGGUGAAAAUUAUACAUGACAUAGAAGAAGAUAGUAAAGACAUAUUAGUAAAAGAAGCAAGGCUACUGCAUGCUUGUAAAAAUGAACAUAUUGUUAGUUUCAACAGAAUUUGUAUGGCUCCUCCUGCAUUGCUGUUCGAUUACAUAUAUUUCGACUUUAAACUCUUCGACAAAGAUCUGAGAGUUAGCACUUUGAAGUCCUUUCUAAAUGAAGUUGAUGAAGAAAGUUGGUCAGAGACAUUUAAGCAUGUUGUACCAGUUAUAGCAGUUGAUGUCACGAAAGGUUUGAAAUAUCUUCAUCAAACUGUGACCUUGAAGAUAGCUCCGAGGUAG